AUGAAUGCUCGCAGAGAGGGAGCUGACAUCUACUCCAACGCCCCCAUUCAUUAUUACGCAAGCCGAAGCACCCACGAUGAAACCACGCCCACGGCUCUGCUAAACAAUCAAACAUUCGCCUAUGCCCUGGUCGCUAUCUUCUCCGUCUAUUUUCUCCUAGACCAUUUUGGUUUUACGCCAGUCUCGCUGAUCCGGCUUCUUUGGAACGUCCUCGUCUAUCUCACACCCUCUCGGCUCGUCGUCGCGUUAGAUUCCCGCAUGUCGUACUCGGACCCCUCCUCCCCGCGGCCUUCGCAGAUGACCUUCCACCUGAAGCAUGAGGCGAUGCAGCGUAUCUUCGGACUGGACAACAACUCCUUCCCAUUCUUCCCGCGAUCGCGGUCCCUUUCGGGCUUCGGCAGUGCUCUCCUGGGCAAUAACAAAGACGCGGUCCCUUCUGGACUGGGAAACUGGGACAACUCUUGCUACCAAAACAGCAUCAUUCAAGGACUGGCCUCACUGAAGUCGCUCUCUGCCUUUCUGGGUCAAAAUGUCGAUGCGUUAGGCGAGAAGGGAUCGUUCUCCACACACCAGGCUCUCAAAGGGAUUAUCGACCUGCUCAAUACCGCGUCGAGCUAUGGUAGCAAGCUCUGGAUUCCCGCGGAUCUCAAGUCUAUGAGCAGUUGGCAACAACAAGACGCGCAGGAGUAUUUCUCGAAAGUGGUGGAUCAAAUCGAUAUCGAGGUCCAGCAGGCCUCAAGGGGGCAGACGAAAAACAUGGGACUCAAAAUGACCGGCCCAGAGGAGAACAUUCUCCGAGACAUUGUUCAGAACGCACCCGCAACAGAUGAAAACGAAGCGGAUCCUAUCAUUGAGAAAUCUUCUUUGCGCAACCCUCUCGAGGGUUUGCUUGCUCAGCGAGUGGGUUGCAUGAAGUGUGGCUACACAGAAGGACUGUCCCUUAUUCCGUUCAAUUGCCUCACGGUGCCUCUGGGAGGAAAAUUCGAAUACGACGUGCGCGAGUGCCUGGAUCAAUACAUGACCUUGGAACCCAUCGAGGGUGUAGAGUGUGCUAAAUGCACAUUGAUUCGCGCACACGAGCAGCUGAACAACCUUCUUGGCAGCCUAUCGGAGGAUGAAGGCCUUGACGAUCAUUCACAAUCAGCAGGCUUGUCCGACGCUGUACGGACCUCUGCGUUAGCGAGGCUGGAGGCCGUAAAGGCAGCCUUGGAGGAUAAUGAUUUUGCAGAAAACACAUUGGCCAAUAAAUGCCAUAUUCCCUCUAAAAACCGCGUCUCCACCACCAAAUCGCGGCAGGCUGUUAUUGCGCGGGCUCCGCAAUGUCUUGCGAUUCAUGUCAACCGCAGUCUUUUCGAUGAGAUGACUGGCAUGUUGAAAAAGAACCUUGCCGGUGUGAAGUUUCCCAAGACUAUGGAUUUGAAUGACUGGUGCCUUGGAACUCGGAUCGCUGAGAAAUCCGGGGAUGCUAUCGAGCGAUGGGUGACCAAUCCUUCCGAGACAAUGCUUCCUAGCCCAGGCGAGUCCGUUCGUCUUCCCAGUAGGCAAUACGAAUUGCGAGCCAUUAUUGCGCAUUACGGCCGGCACGAGAACGGGCAUUAUAUCUGCUACCGCAAAUAUCCCACAUCGGUGUUCCCUGCGCCUGUCCCGGACGAGGUCCUGCAGGCCGAAGGGGACAAGGAAAAGCCUGAGCGGUGGUAUCGUCUUAGCGAUGACGAUGUGCAAAUGGUUAGCGAAGGCAAUGUGAUGUCACAAGGCGGUGCAUUCAUGCUCUUUUACGAGGCUAUCCACGGUGGACUAUCAGCACAGGCCGAAGAAUUUACGAAUUCCGAAUCCGUGCAGUGCGAUCAAGUCGAGUCAAACUCCAGCUCUACUAUGUCCGAGGACAUGUCGACUCCCACAGAUCUCGAGUCCAGUACAUCUCGUGCCACUAGUGUCUCGACUCCAGACCGCAUGUCAUUGCCUUUUGAGGAUAUCAAAACUACCGUCUCAUCGCUCAAGACAGACAACGCAGUUGAUAUUAAUAGACAAGAUCCCGGCGACGCAUUUGGCUCGCUGUCUGCUAUCACUGCAUCAUGA